CAGAUGGUGAUGCAGCCACAGCUGGUGCUCCAGCAGAGGGAUGGAUUGCUCCAGCAAUCUCUGCUGCAAGCAAGAGCUGCUCUAACAGCAAAACUGCUUUUGAACCCUCAGCAGCAAACCCUCAUCGUUCUUGGAAAUUGUUUCAGGGAGCAGCGUCCAUUGCAGGUCCGCUGAUGAGCCAAGCAUUGGGAAACCAUGUUCGCCAUAUCGUGCAUCAACAAUGCCGAACGGCCUCAGGCACAGACGACGGGAGGUCCCACCAGAGAAGCGCAGGAAUCGGCGUUGCAAGACGCGUAUCAGGACGCGCUCGUUAAAAUCGGGAAUGGCUGUUUGUCGGACGCGAGAGCGGCUCUGGAGGAGAUCUCCCGCCAUCCGCUAUGGGAGGAAGUCCAGGCGGAAGCGGGGCGAGGGCUGACGGAGAUGCGCCACCUUCAGUUCCUGGUAUGGAAGAAUCUCGGCGACGUCUACGCGAAGCUGGGAGAUGACUAUAGCGAGUCAGCUCUGCAUGCUUACGUCAGUGCGACGGAGAUCGACGGCCAGGAUGCUGUGCUCUGGCACCGCCUCGGAGCGCUGGCUCUCCGCACCGACGGUCGAGCGCGUCUGGCAAGAUACGCCUUGGAACAGGGCCUCACGUGCAGCCCCUACCACUGGGGGUGUCUGAACAAGCUGCUGGAGGUGCUGCUGUCGCUGGACGACUGGCAGGCAGCACACGAGCUCGCCACCUACAUGCUGCACAUCGCCCCUACCCACUCUCGCGCGCGGCAAGUGCUGGCCCUGGCGGACGACGUGUUCCACCCCGACCCUGUGGCGCUGCAGGCAGCUCUGGACGGCCUUUCUGCUCGCGCCUCUGCUGCUGCUGGUGCCUCUGGUGCUACUACCCCCUCUGCUGCUGCUGGUGCCUCUGGUGCUACUACCCCCUCUGCUGCGGCUCGUGCCUCUGCUGCUGCUGGUGAUGAGAAUGCCCCUGGUGCUGGACCGUUAGGUGGUGCAACUGCAGAAUUCCUAACAGAGAAAGGCAGGAAUGGGGAGGGGCGCGAGCAAGCGGUUGAGCAGCUCGGGAGUGCAUUGGGCAACGAAGUGGCCAGUCAGCGCAGCCCGGUGCUUGAGCUCGGCGGUCGCUCUUGGGCCGAGCUGAUUCUGAAGACUGUAGAUCUGUUCCACUCAGUACAGCAGCGUUCGGUUGAAAGGUGGGGUUUGGAUUACCCUCAUCUGGUGGCGGGUGUGUCUGUGACGGUUGUGCUGGCUGAAACUGCCCAAAGACGCGAUCCUGGACGCGACACCAAGGGCCUUUUUGGAGAGGGCGUUUACAGCGGUCGUGGAAGGAGUAGUGAGGGGCGGCAAGAGAAUGAGACACCAGAUAGCUGUGCUGCCUCAGGGCCUACCCCAUCCUCCCACCCCACCGCACUAUCUGAGCCCACCCUGCCUUAUCAACCCUCAGCGCUCUCCCAGCUCAUGCCAGCAUUCCAGACACAGGACACAGUAGACCAUGCCACUCGUAGACCUGGCAGCACUGGCAUGGCAGCUUCUUCCCCUGCCAUUGCUGCUGCUGCUGAAGAAAACGAUGUUCGGGCGAGUGAGUCACAUGAUGCUGCCGGCCGUGCUGACGGUGGGGAAGGGACCUGUGCUAGCCAUGGAGUGGACGCCGUUGCUGUGAUUGACCUCAGCGUGGAUGACGAGUCACACUCGCCCUGUGAUGCUGCUGCAACGCCUACAGCCGAGCUGCCUCCUCCUCCAGGUCCUCCUGUUGCAAGUACUGCACUGCCCACAGAGACACUGCUUGCAGUCUCUCCACUGACACAGACCCCUGCCAUGCAGACACCACUGACACGGACCCCCCUCACACAGACCCCCCUCACACAGACCCCCCUCACACAGACCCCCCUCACACAGACCCCAGGGACACCUGCCGGUGCAACUCCAGUAUCCACUCAGGAUUCACCUGUCGUGCCGCCCGCUACUGUGUCAGAAGCAGCCUUGGGACCAGCACCUGACGCCUCAGCUGCAGCUGCAGCUGCCUCGGCACCUGCUGCCACAUCCCCUGAUACUUUAGCCACUGCUGCUGUGGCUGCUCAUGUAGCUGCUACUGCUCUAGCUCCGCAUGCUGCAGUUAAUGCUGUAGCCUCAGAUGCUGUAGCCUCAGGUGCUGUAGCUCGUGAUGCUGCAUCGCCUGCAAUCCCUGCCAAGUCAAGGAAGCGGCACCGACACCCGCUGUCAUUCGUGGGCACGGAGAGGCGCACGCGGCAGCAGAUGAAGGAGAUGCAGCUGAAGGAGGCCAGGGGCAAGGAGACCAACCUGCUGGAGAGUGCUAAGCCACCUCCCCCGAAGAGGAUGCGUGUGUUUGACAUACUGAGUGCUUGCUUCAGGCAGCAGACGGGCUUUAACGGAGCCUGUGACACAGAUGGAUUGGGGAAUGCUGGGAAGCAUGGAGAGAGUCAGGAGGGUGUCUCAGAUGGGGUUGUUUCAGGUGGCAUUGUUGCGGGUGCUGCUGCUGUCAGUGCUGACUGUGCGCGUGUUGGCAGUGGCGGUGCAUGUGGUGGUUCGAAUAUGCUGCACAUGCUGCGCAGCAAGCAGGCGCUGGUGAGGUUUUUCACCAAGGACGAGGAGUGGAGCAGCGCGGGAAUGUCUUGGAGUCAGCAGGCAAACCAGAGACAGGUACUACCAAGCCUGACGCUCCAGCCAGCCCAGUCUGUCUCGCAAGGCCUGGAAGCAGAUGCCGGUGGGGCUGCUGGAGAGGGAGUUAAGGCUCCUGAUGCUGGUGGCUGUGACUCUGCAGGUGAUGCAGCGAGGCCAGCUGAGGUGCAAGAAGUGACUGCAGCAGAGGCAGAGCACGUGCAGUCGUUCCUUGCCGCCCUGCCAAGGCACCUCCCUCUCCUCCAAGCGGCCUCUCUCAUCCUGCGCCACUUGGCCUCCCACCUUCCCCUCCGCGCCCUCCCACCCUCCCUCCUGGACUCCCUCCUCUGGCUGGAGAGACAGACUGCUUCGUGGGAAGACCGUCCUCCCAGUCUUUGGCUGUAUCUGGGGGAGCUUUAUCUGGUGAAGGGGAUGCAAGGGGAUGGCGAGAGCCGAGGGCGGGGAGAGGGAGUGGGUGGGGCGUUGGAGAGAGAGUGCUUGCACUGCCUGGCCAUGGCAGAGCAGGGGCGGAUGGACGCGGAAGGGGUGCCGUGGCAGGUGGAUGGGGAGGCGUGGGGCCAAGUGGGGGUUGUGAGAGAAGGGGGAGAGCUAGAGGAAGCAGACAGGGCGGCUGAGGAGGGAGGUCAGGGCAAGCUGCGCGGUGUGUUGGGGGGCUGGCAGAAGGUGGAGUUCUGGGUUCGGCUGAGAGCAAGCCAGGGGCAGGUGGCGAUGCAGAUGGGGGAGCAUGCGAGAGCGAUAGAGCUGUUCACGUGGUGCAGGGACGUGCUGGGCAGAGCAGAGCAGAGUGGGGACUGCGCAGAGGGCUCAGUCUCAUUGGCAGCCACGGCUGGGCCUGCAGCAGAAGCAGCAGCAGCAGCAGCAGCAAGAGCAGCACUUGCACCUGCAGCAGUGGAGGUGCCUCACAUGGCAUGCGUGUGGGGAGCAAGUAGGCCGAUUUCAGUGCCAUGCUUUGACGAGCUGUUGGGCGAGCUGCACAUGGACUGCGUGCUGGCAGGGCUGGCAGGGCUGGCAGGGAGAGGAGAGGGUGAAACGGGGCAGGAGUGCCCCCAACCGCCACAGCAGCAGCAACAGCUGAUCGAUCUGAUGAAGCCUCUGCUGUUGAGGGAUGGGGCAGCAGCUGGGGUGGGUGGUGGAGCUGGGAGGCAGAAGGCCAGGAAGAACUUUCUCCAAGGCUUUGCCUCUCCCAGUGUAGAUUCAGAUGGCUUCCACAGUGUGAACCCAGACAGGCAGCACAGCGAGCAGAGCUUUGCCAAGUGGUUGGAGACCCUCAAGAGACUCGUAGCCGCAACAAGAGGAAUGGCUCAGGAGCAGCCGCUGGCGCUGGUUUGUUACAAGCACAUCCUCGCGCUGCUGUCUAGCAGAAUGAGCAUGAGGGCGCUGGCUCCUGCGCCUGCGAAAACGGUGCCAGUAGGAGCAGCUCCUGUGGAAGGCUCUGCUGCUGCUGCUGCUGGGAACAGCUGUGCUGGUGGUGGUGGCAAGAGGGAUGCUGGUGCGAGUUGCGAGGCUGACCUGAUGCAUGCAGUGCGGGAGCUGCGAGACCUGGUCGUCACCAUGGCUCUCGGGACAAGAUUGCACUCUCAGGUGAUCGACCAGCAUUUGGAAGAGCUGCAGCAGGUGGUGGCAGGGCUGCUGGACUUGGCCUUCUACAAGCACCGCCUGAUACAAGAGCAGCCAGCGAGCCAGCUGUCGAGGGAGGUGUACCAGCCAACCCUGGGCGCAGCAGCAGCAAGGAACGGCAUUUUGGCGGUGUGGCAGGGGAUGGUGGUGGCGUGGCAGGGGCUGCUGGUGGAUCUGUGCAUGGCGCUCUGCUGCCUGCAGCACCUGCGCACAGCUGUGAAGGCGGCCGAUAAGGUAGCCCUCUGUGCCAUCACUCACACCAUCCUUGCUUCUCAAGGCCUCUGCUGUGCUCCCGCCUCCUCCUCGGUCUCCUCCUCCUCCCACUCUGUUGACGCACCCCCCUCGCCCACACCGAACAUCAUCUCAGCAGCACCUGUCUCUGCAGCAUCAUCUGGCAGAGGAGGUGGUAACGGCAGCAGCACAGCUACAGCAGAGGCUGGGCAAGGGGAAGGCACGGCAGCAGCAGCGGCAAGAGUGCCCAGCGGUAGAGGCGCGUUCCUUGCGCUCUCUGCUCAGCUGCUGACCGACCUCGAGUCGCUGCUGCACCCCUCAGUGCGUGCAGGGAGUAGAAAAGCCAAGGCUGCUGCUGCAGGCCGGAAGGAGGCAAGGUCACGAGGUCCCAAGGGUGGACGAGGAGAAGGCAGGGAGGGAGGAGGUGGAGGAGGUGCUGCUGGGGGCAGCAGCAGUGCGAGGGACGCGCAAAGGACUCGUGAGAAUGGUGGGGGUUCUGCUGGUGAUGAUGGUGAUGGUGAUGAUGAUGGUGAUGGUGAUGAUGAUGAUGAUGGUGAUGGUGGGCAGGUAGGGAAGGCGGGGAAUGUGCAUGCCAAGGCAUGGGCACUGCAGGAGAUUGAAGGGGCUCUGGAUCAAUGCUUCCUGUGCUUAUAUGGGGUACAGCUGAGAGGGGCCGAGGAGGAUGUGGGAGGGGAGAGCAGUGGUGGUGGUGGUGGGCAGGAGGCAGCAGCGGCAGGGCUGGUGCAGCAUCAGCACACGCUAGCUGGGGAGUUGAAGUCCAAGGACCAGUGCGCUCGAGCGUUGAGGCAUAUGGCGCCGUUUGCGGCCUCCUUCACUAUCGAGCGGCUUGUGAAGCUCUUGCCGCUGCUCUCCUCCAUCCGCUCCGCCUUCACCUCCCCGCCGCCUGCCCUCCUCGCCCGUCACUCCGUGGAGCCCUUCCUGGACGACCCGCGGCUGGACGACUGGGGCAUGGUGGGCAGGAUGGUGACACAGGGGACGACGUUGGAAGAGGGGGGGAACUUGGGAGGGGGGCAUGCACUGGGGGAGGAUGAGGGCGGGGAGGAGGGCAGGAGCAUGGGGGGUAGGGAUGGGGAGUUCAGUGUGAAGGGCAGGGAGGGGAUGAGUGAUGGAGAACACCUCAGUCGUGCCAGCACAUUGUACCCAUCGUAUCCAGGCAUCUUGGCUCACACUCCUGCCCUGCGUCCCCAGGCUUUUCUCUCAGAGUGGACUUCCUCCCACCAGUCAGCAGUCGACCAUGCAGACCCGUCCCGUGCCAUGAACAGUGACAUGUACGCUGAUGUGUACAAGCCCCUGUAUGCCAUGCUAGCCCGCAUCGAGCCCAUCCCCAUGGGUCACCACAUGCCCCCAGGCUUCUUCCUAGAGCCCAAGGGCCACGCGCACUUGCUCGAGGUGACUGCCCCUCUGCUCUUCGACCUCUGCUACCACCCCGGCAACACGGAUUCGUGGCUCAAGCUCGCUCUCUUCUACGACGAGGCCUCCGACCUCAUGCUGAACGAUGGGGCCAAGAUGAAGGGCCCUGCGGACUGGCAUGCGGAGGAGUACAGGCACGUGCUGGCGAGGCUGCAGGGGUACCGGCAGCGUUGCCGGCGGUGUUUGGUCGAGGCGAUAUCUACUCCUGGGUGCCGGCUUCCGUUUGAGGUGGCUGCUCUUGAGGAGGAUUUGAGUGGGUUGGGAGGGGAGGCGUGGAAGGGGUGGAAGGGGCUUCAGGGGAGGAAGGCUGGGGAGGCAUGGGAGGGGUGUGAGGAGCAGCGGAAGAGGGCGGUGAGUGUGUUGGAGCUGCUGGCGUUUGUGAUGUAUGACUCGAUUCAGGAUGUGGUGCCGUCUUACGACCGCCUCAGGCACACGCAAGUCAAGGACGGUCACUGGCUGCACCGCUGCCGCCUGGCCUUCCAACUCUUCCGCAUUCUCCAAUCACUCUCUCCGAACUGGCAGUACCCCUUCUUUCAGGGCAAGCUGGCUGAGAAGCUUCGCCUGCCCGCCUCUCUCACCCUCGCCCUGGUGCGCCGAGCUCUUGCCCUGCGCCCCAAUGCGGUGGACACGACCUACCGCCUGCACGCCUCACGGCUCAAGGCGCUUGCCAGGGGCCGGAUGGAGGCUUGGCUGAGCGAUGAUGACAUCAGGGCCCUUGCGUGCUCCAGCGAGUCUCAGGAUGCGGUUUCAAAGAUUCUGCAGCAAAGCCAAGAAACAUCUGCGGAGUCUGAGGCUAAGCUCGGAGGGGGUGUGACUGCAGCUGAUAGGAGUACAGCGAGGGGCAAUGGCCACGUGAAUGCUGCAGCAGCUGGGGGAGAGGGCAAAGGGGAGGGCGGAGCAGAAGAGGGUGUGGAGGGCGGAAAAGAGGCACAGGGAGAGGAGGAGGUGGAGAGGGAGGUUGCAGAAGAGCUGGGGCUUGGGAAGGGAGCAGAGGGUGAAAAGGGCGAGACAGAUGAGGGCCUGGAGGUGGGGGGCUCCGAGGAGGAGAAGGAGGGGGCAACGCAGGAAGGAAAAGCAGACGAGAGGAAGGAUGGGGAAGCAGAGGAGGAGAAUGGUGGUGCAGGUGGUGGAGGUGGUGGAAGUGGUGGAAGUGGCGAGGAGGGUGAGGAUGACGAUGAUGAUGAUGUGGUGCUGGUUGAGCCGACCCAGGUUGAGCCGACCCCAUACUCCGGCUCUGUGAAGAAGAGAAAGGGUGGAGACCAGCCCAGUGGUGCGAGCAACAAGCACUUGCGAGUGGAUGAAGCAGAGGAGCCACUAGGGCAGGCAGUGAGAAUAGCGGCACCUGGUGAAGAAACUUCAAAAGCAGCCGCAGAACCAGCUUCGCAGUCAGAACGUGGUGCAGGCGUAGCUGAUUCGAAGGGAGAGAAGCAGCACGUGGAGGAGGGCGAAAGUGAGAAGCAGGAGCAGCAAGGGAAGAAGCAGAAGUCUCCUCAGCUUGAUAUCCAGCAGCUGAGACAGCACUGGCCGUUGAUCUGGCAGCAGCUGUUCAAGGAAAGCGAGAAGGGAGUUAGAGAGUGCCUGGAGGGCGACUUCAAGCACUUCCACAGGGGGAGGUACUGCCUGGCGAAGGCGUAUCUCAGGCGGGGAGGGCCUGGGGACUUGGAGCGGGCCAAGGCUGAGCUGGGGUUCUGCUUCCGAAAGGCCAAAGUGGCGUUUGCGAUGAACAUGUGGGAGAUCUGCAUCCACACCAAGCACGCUCCGAGGCCCAAAGGAGGGUUCAAGGGGGGGCGGGUGAGGAGGAAAGUGGUGGGGCUGGCGUCGGUGGAGGUGGCUGAGAGCUCUCGCAAGUUCAUGACGUGUGUGCGCGUGUACCUCAUGCUCUACCUCAGGCUCUGCUGCUACACGGCCGAUGUUGCUGCCUUGGAAGGGGCGCUCUCCACACUCAAGACGGACAAAGGGUUCUCCACUGCCCUUGUGGACCUAGUGCCCUUAGCUCUCGCCCUCCUCGUGCUCUCCCUUCAUGCCUCCGCCCACCCUUCCUCUGAGCAAACCCAAAACACAUCUGCUGCGCUGGGCGUUGUCCCCCCAGCAAGCACCAUUCGCACAGCUGUGCCUGCUUCGAUGCCUGAUACUGCUGCACCUGCUAUUUCUGAUCCUCCUGCUGCUGCUUCACCUGUGAGCUCCGCUGCUGCUGCUGCUGCUGCAGCUGGUGCUGCUGGGACCGCCACUUCAUGUGCUGCUCCUGCGGCUGCGGUUUCCGCUGGUGCCGAUGCUGCUCCCGCUGCUGGUAGUAUUCGUGUACUGGGUCUGGCUGCCCCCGGCGCAUCAGCUGCCACUGCUUCUGGCGUCACUGGUGGCUCCCUUGCAAGUCUACGAUGGCCAGGAGGGGAAUCAGGGAGUGAGCCAGCAGAAGCUUCAGUGGACCACAAGCUACUUAUGCUGUACCUGGACAACGUGGGUAUCUGGGGGGAGGCAGCUGAGGUGCUCAGACUUUCCCGGGUUGCUUACAUUGCAAUGGUGACCAAGGGAGAGAAGGCUAGAACCGGAGGUGCGGAUGAUGCAGCAGCACAGCGGCUGGUUUGGGAGGAGGAGCAGGAGGGGAACUGGUUUGACAUGACAGAAUGGCACGCGCUUUCAGCUCUCAAACAGCACGCCCUGAAGAAUGACCUCGAGUUUUUCUCAUUGGCUGCUGCCAAUAUCAGGACUCGAGCUCCCUGCCCCCCACCUCCUCCAUGCCCUCCUCCCAGUCGCCCUUUUACUCCAAGCAGCACUGCCAACCCCCAGCCCUGUAGAACCCAAACCACACCCAGUGAAGAUGCACGGCCACACUCACUUGCUUUCUCAUUGCUUCCCCCAUCGGCUCUUUACCACACUCCAUCAGCGCCCUCCUCCCUGCCUCCUUAUGACUCGCCCCACCCUCCCUUUGCUUCCUCUACCUCCCAUCCCUCCUCACUCCCCUCUUUUUCCCCUUUGAGGCAAGGUGCUGCUUUCGCACGGCGCAUGCAUCUGCACACUCUGCUGUGCUGGUCCCAUGCCCUUCUCGGCGCUCUUUCGGACAUCCUCCCAAUCUCUGCCUGGCCUUGCUUCCCCUGGCUGCACCCCCUCUCCCUCUCCGACCUGCCCUCUGCCACCCCUCCUCCUCUCUGUAAGGGGGCUGCUGUGGCAGAAGGGGAAGAAGCUGUCACUGAAGGAGUGGCGGAAGAACAGUGUGAGGCAGAGGAGAAGGAGGGUGGGGAAGACAAUGGAGAAGAUUUGGCCAGUGGAAGUGACAGUGAGGAGUUGGUGCUGGAUUUGAUCUCCGAUGAUGAUGAGCUCGAACAAGUGGAGGAGGGCAACGAGGGGGGCGAAAGAGAGGCGAAGGAAGCAGAGGUAGCUGGGAUAAGUGGUGGCAAGAAGGGUAUGGAAGAUGUAGCAGGUGUGGAUGGACAAGUGGAUGAAGGUGGGGGAGGGAAGGAGGCAGUGGAUCAACCGUCCAUGCCAGCAGCAGUAGGUGCGCAAACAGGAGCAGACGGGCCAGUGGUAGCUGUGAAGAGGGGGGGACUCAGAGUCACCAUUCCACUGCUGCAGUUUCAAGUGCACACACCUCCAGUGCCACUUCCUGCUGCCGUCACCGUUGCUUCUGAUCUGCUCAACAAGCCCACACAGCCACAAUCGCCCUUUGCUCUUCCGUCGAGCGCUGGCACUAAAGGCGUUGGCACCAUCCCAGCCACAGCUGCCACCACUGCUGCAGUUGCUGCUGCAGCGGCUGGUGUCUCCUGCCCUUCCACUCCCUUCCCUGUCCCUCCCUCUCCAGACAAACCUACCUCCACCACUCCCUCUAUCUCCCCGUUCUCCCCUGGGCCCCCCUCCUCCCCUUUCCCCGCACCCACUCCUUCUCGCAUCAACCUUCUCCUUAAAGCCAAAGCAAGUGAGAGAAACGAGGAUAGAGCCCUAGCUCUCCUGUGGUCAGCCCAGGCCUUAGAGAGAGAGGCUUCAGGAGAGCUCCCCUUCGGUAAAAGGUCAAGUGCAAGAGCAGAGGCGCUGGGGAGGAUUGUGGGGGGAGGGGGAGGCGUGGAGGCAGGAUGUGGCACGCAAGCCGUUGGAAGGGAGGGAGAAGUGGAGAAAGUGGAAGCAGGGGAAUGGCGAGGGGAAGGGAGGAGCGGUGGGGAAGAGGAGGUGGAGGAGCGGAGAGCAAGACUGCAUGGUUUGAGCAGGCAGAUGCUGGAAGUGGCUUACGCCUUGGUGCAUGGCCGGUCACUGGUUGCCUCUGCAGUUGCUGAGCAGGCGCAGGCACAAGGUCAGGGACAGACAAAGGCGCAGGUGCAGGGGCCGGGGCAAGGAGAGAUUUACCAGCAAGGACAGGAACAGGAGCGCCAACAAGCUCUGGUGCCUGGCACAGAAACCGAAGUGAAAGACAACGGAGGAUCAGCUUCGGAUUCUACCACGGCUGCAGCAAUAGCAGCUGUUCCCACAGCAGGAUGUGACCCUGCAAGGCGGACGGAGCAGCAUCCCUCACCUCGCAAAGUGCAUUCCGCGAACGCUCAACCGCUUACUGCUACUGCUGCACCACCUUCUGCACUCUCUGUUACUGUCCAUCCGGAUGCUGCCGCCCCUGCUGCUCCACCCCAACCUCCUGCUGGUGCUGCUCCAUCCCAUUCUCCUGUCCUGAAUGCUGCUGAUAAGUGCCUCCCGAAGUUCCCUCAUCCCCCAAAAUCUUCCGCCUGCUCCCCUUCCCCCACACGCCUGGCGUCCACCCUCAAGCCUCCUCUUGCUCGUUUCCCGAAGCUGGCUCGGCGCUUUCAGGCAGGCUGGAAGAGAGAGCAGGCAGAGGGGGGAGAUAAUGUGGAGAGUAUGGGUGCUGGGGGUGGAGCCGCGGAGAAUGAAGCGGGCAAGAGAAGUAUGGGAGAUGGUGAGGCAGCAGCCAUGUCAGAAGCAGCAGCGGAUGAAGGAGACGGUUUGAGAGGGUGCAGCCGCACAGAUGGGGUCAGAUUAGCUCCCAGCACUGCCAUGAACGGCUCCUCCGUUAAGGGAGAGAGGAAGGAGGAUAGGGAUGAAAGGCGAGGUCGCUCUGGGAAGGGCUGUAAGGUGGUGGAUGAGGGAGGUGAGGGCGGUGAGAGGGUGGAUGUGGAAGGGGGUGACCAGCAGGAGGGUGGAAUGGAGGGUGAGAGGCAGGGGGAGGAGGGGAAAGAAAGUGAUGAGGUGAUCUGGCAGCACAACAUGCAGCUGGAGGAGAGGCAUCGCCACAGGGUGAAGGACUUGGGUGUCGUGAUGGCUUUGGCUAGAGACGCUUCUGCGGAAGGGGCGGAUGAAGAGGAAGAGGAUGGGGAUGAGGAGGAGGAACAGGAUGGGGAACCUAUAGCGAGUGCAAUCCAGCGAGAUGGAAAACGAGGACGGCAAAGUAAGGGCAGUUCAGGAGGGCGUAAAGGUUCAAGGUCAGACAACGCAGGUGGAUCGGGAGAUGGUAAGGCAGUACCUUCGCGCCAAGAUGUGGCAUUGUCGUCGCAACACGACGCCAGGAAGGCACUACAGGCAAAUAAGCAGCUCGCAGCUGCAGCUACGUCGUCCCAGGAGGGAUCCCCAUCCACUGGCCCCUCUGUGUCAAGGCCUCUCAAGCCCGCAUCCAAGCCGCCCAUCAAGCCUCCCACCAAGCCUCCCACCAAGCCUCCUACCAAGCCUGUCGUCAAACCUGGCCUCAAGCCUAUCCUCAAGGCCAAGCAGGCUCCGAAAGCUGGUGCAGGCACACACAGUGCAGCACCAUCAACUCCUGCUGCUGCUCCAUCAGUCCAUAAGACUCCUUCAAUGCCCCAUGCGGCUCCUCCAGUGUCUCGAGGCACUCCAUCAGCUUCCCAUGAAGGACCCACAGCAGGUCAUUCGCCAAGCAGAGGACCCAGGGAGGAGGCCUCCUUGCGGAAGAAGGCAGGAGGAACGAGUGGGGUGGCAAGGAAACCGGCUGGAGUUAGUGGCGAGGCUGGGGCCAAUAGUAUGAGGGCUGUGCUGAAACGGAAGAGAGCGGUGGCUGUUGCUGAUGAGAGUCUUCUUCCUACGGCUGCCACAGAUGUGCCUGUUGAUGGUGCUGUCGGUGGUGCUGGUGAAAUAGCACGCUCACCAACACCAACAACAACAUCAACGGAAACCACAGCAGCACCACCACGACCAGCAACAUUGGCAGGGUCAGGCGCUGCUGCUGCAAAAGCCAGUCCAGUCAACAACAGCGCAACUCAACAGAGACAAGGGGCACGUGUGCCUUCAGCGCACCCUGCAGCUGAGGCGCCAGCUGCUGCAGUGAAGGGAGCCAACGUCGUCAGGGCAGUGAAGACUGAUAAAACAGUGAAGGCAAGGCCUGUGGCUGAAGGGAGAGCUGGAGCAGUGGCACUAGGAAAGGGGGUUGGAGGAAGGGGCGUGGCGGCACCAGGACGAGGUUCGAUAGGAAAAGGGUCAGCCAAGCUCCCUGCUGGAAGAGGAGCUCCUGUGGUAAGGAAGCAGGCCACAAGUACACCUCAAUCCAGUGACGCCAGACCAGCUCAGACUGUAAAGCCAAGUGCAGCCAGACCUGCUUCGUCUGGUUUGGCCAAAGGUGCUGCGGGAACAUCGACAGCUGGUGGAGGAGGCACAGGGGCUGUGAAGAAGAGGAAACUCGGUGAAGGUAAAGAGAGAAGCUCUGUUGUGAAGCUGCUAGAGCAGCAGAUGGAAGGAGUAGCAGGGCGGGGGGUGGGCGAGCCAUCAGGGUUGAAGACAGGAGCAGCAGCCAUGGCCAAAGCUGACAUUCCACCAACUAAGCAAGGAGAAGCUUCUGUUCAAUCUGGCACUGGAGCUGCCAUUGACGAUGUAUCUGUUGGCGCUGGUCCCGGUGGUGAUGUUGCUGAUACUGCGGAUGCUGACGCUGUUGAGGUUACUGCUGCGAGAGGGAGAGGCAGAGGUGCACAGACGGUGAUAAGGCCAGAGGGAGUGACCAUGAGAGGGAAGGGAGUGGUGAAGAGGAUUGGAAGAGGAAAGGAUGGACCAAGCUUGUCAGGAAAGAUGGUCGGUGCUGGUAAGGGUGUGCAUGGUGUUACAGAAGCGAAGGGUAGACAGAUUGGGAGGAGUUCAGGGAGUGAAGGGGCGGAAAGCUUUGGAACGGGUGCAGGGUCCAUUAAUAUGGCUGCUGGGGUGGGCGGAAGGGGGCGGGGAGAGAAGAGGAAGAAACCUCCUGGAGGAGACAGAGUGGGAGUGGUUGGAAAGGGUUCUCUCGAAGUAGCUCAGGUUGUUGCUCCACAGCAUCCUGCUGUUGGAACGUCCCAGCCACUCAAGCUGAAGCUGAAGGCGAGGGCAAAGGGUGCUGCAGGAAUAGUGGGAGCAGUGACAGAGGGAAAAGCAGGAUCAGCCAGGUCCAACCAAGUCAAGCCAAAGAGCUCGCCCAAGGGAAGCGUGAAGAGCAGAGUGUUGGCUGAUUCUCAUGCUGCUUCAAGUGUAUCCCAUGCUCCUGGUCCUGCACACGAACUGGAAGGCGGUCUGCCUGGUAGUGCGGAUGAAGGUGGGACGCGCACAGAUGUCACAAGGGAAGCCACAGGUGAGAGAUGCGGACAAAAUCCUGCAUUGCAAGGCAAACCCAGUUUAGCAUGCAUGGACAGUCCUGCUGAGGCCAUUCCUGGUACUACCAGGCUGUCUUCAAGUGGAGGAAAGAAGCAACCCCUGGUGAUAAAGAUCCUGAGGCCAAGACAGGCUGUAGCUGUAGAAGGUAGCUCGCUUGAUGAAGCCUGUGACUUGGAACCAUGAUCAAGGAAUAUGGUGUGCUGCAUAUCAAACCUAGAAUUUUAAUAAUGAGAGAGAGAGAGU